GAAAAGACAUCGAGAAAUGCCCAAGGAGCCCGCUGCCGUCGGUGUCCAGUUGGCUUGGUGGUCGUCGCCGUCAUCGUCCUUGCAGUGACAAAUUUUCUUGCAUAUCCGCUCCAGGACUACGAAACUUUGGCUGCAAACAAAACCGUCAUUUGCGUGGCGCGUCGCUGUCGCGUUCACUUGUCGCAUAUCCGUCGCCAUUUUGACAAUAAUUUCAUUUCCGGUCGGCAAUUUGUACGCACUUGAGUGAGUGAUUAACUGCACCGAUUCCCAACGAUUGUGAAUUGUUUACGAUUACUAAGUUGUGACUUAAGUUGUCCCGACGGAACUCUAAGUGAUAGUCAAAGAGGAGACUUAUUUUUGGAUAAACUUUAUUGCACAUACAGGCACAAUCCUGAGAGUCAAGUGGAAUCCCUUGUUCAGCCAACAGCCACCCAUCGAGGCUCCCCAGGCGUGCGCCAUGUACGAGAACUCCUGUUCGUAUCAGACGGCGCUGGACCUGAAGAGGGUAUCGCCACCGACUCUCGCCCAGGUGAAGACGGAGGAGUGCCUUGCACUCGGACAGUGCUCGCCGGACUGGACCUCGUACCGCUUCCAUCAGUCCACCUUCGAACAGCUGAAGCAGAGUGUGGAGAAGGCCAAAGCGGCGCUGCAGGAUCGCAGCAGUUUUUUCGGGGCCAGCAGUGCCUUUAGCGACAUCUACUCGAGCCAGCGGUUGACGGACUCCCUCGACACCCUGCCCGUUCAGUCCGGGAACGGAGGCGGCAAUUGCCUCGGCCUUCCACACAAUCCCAAUGUCGGAGUGGGCGUGGCCGGAGUGCUCAAUUACAAUGCGGUUAGCAGCAGUACGGCUGGAGUGCUGAGCAGCAGUGGGAACGGUGUGCAGAGACACCGAUUGGACACUCUGCAGCCGCCAUCCGGGUGCUCUCCUGCAGUCUCCCAGCACGGCGUCAUCACGUCCAGCGCCGGACAGGUCACGUCCGGAACUCUGGAUGCGGUGAGUGCGGCUCCAGCACUUUCAUCGCUAACAGCGUCCAGCUCCUCGCAUGUGGAGCACAAAGUCAGGGCAGAUAAAUCCACGCUGGACUGCGCCACCACAUCCUCGCAUGCGGCGGCGCCCUCGUCCUCGUCCUCCGCCAGCGACCAUCAGCAGGGCAGGAUCAGCGGCAGCAAGAGCAGCAGCACCAGUGGCACCGGAGGAGGGGCAUCGGCAUCAGGAGGCGGCGGCUCUGCACUGUAUUCCUCGUACAAAUCGUCGUGGGGCUCCCACAGUUCGACACAAUCGCAAGGUUACAGCUCGAACGCCCUGGGCAUCAAACAUGAUCCGCACUCACAACUACGGCAACCUGAUCCAUAUCAAAUGUUCGGACCCACCAGCAGCAGACUGGCCAGCUCAGGCUCUGGCCAGAUCCAGCUGUGGCAGUUCCUCCUCGAGCUGCUCUCGGACUCCAACAACGCCAGCUGCAUCACCUGGGAGGGCACCAACGGCGAGUUCAAGCUCACCGAUCCCGACGAGGUCGCACGCCGCUGGGGCGAGAGGAAGUCCAAGCCCAACAUGAACUACGACAAGCUCAGUCGCGCCUUGAGGUACUACUACGACAAAAACAUAAUGACCAAGGUGCACGGCAAGCGGUAUGCGUACAAAUUCGAUUUCCAAGGCCUGGCAGCUGCCACUCAGCCGGCGGCCAGCGAUCCCACCUACAAGUACCAGAGCGACUUGUUCAUGACACCAUAUCACCACAGCGCCAAGCUCAGCUCGUUCAUGAGUCCGCACCAUGGCAUGACCUCAUCCUCGGCCUCGAUCUUCCCGUCGGCCGCCUCGUGGGGCAACUGGGGCAGUCCGGCCACGAAUCUCUACCAGCCGCACUCGAUGAGCCACGUGACUCCCUCCCACGUGGCGCCCCACCUGAGCAGCUAUCCCCACUACGCAUGACCAUCAUCGUCCGGUG